AUGGACGGCCCUGAGGACGGUCGUCCCAACGGCCGCCGGCUCAAUGGGCAUGGGCACGGGAACGGGCACGCGCCCUUGUACCGGAUGAGCUCCAACCACAGCAGCACAAGCGUCUUCGAGGAUGUCGAGAUGGCCCACGAUGAGCUCUUCUCCGGCCCCGUCGCCGAGAGCUUGCCCACCAGCGUGUCGGCCUUCUCACAUCGCCGCGGUCGCGCCGAUUCCACCGCGAGCUUUACGUACUACAACGAGGACGAGGAGGAACCCGCUGUCUACGAUGACGAUGGCCGGCCGCUGUACGACGAGGACGGCUCGGUCGCAUUGGAUAUCGACGAUAUCCCCUUUGGUCUGGAGACCCAGGCCGUGGACGAUGACAGCUCCAUGGCAGACCUUGACCAAGAAGACAGCAACGAGGACUUUGCUAUGCGCCGAAGGUCGUCCACCCACUCGCGGAGCUCUGUACACGCGAGGUUACUGCGAACCAACAGCGGUCGCUCCGAUACAAGUGCUGAGCUUUCUGGCCGCAUAAGCCAGAAGCUAUACAUGGUCAACGAGGAUCUUACGGUUGUCAUUGCCGGUUUCCGCACCAGCCGUAUAGGCUUUGCCAUCUACCUAUUCUUGUGUCUAGCCACUCUUGGCGCUGCCUAUCUACUUCUCCGGUGGCUUCCUCGUUGGCAUGUCAGGUUGAUAGGAGAGCCAUGCCCGCUUCACAGGUGCGAUUGGGUUGUCCUCGAAAACCAAUGGGGCGAGUUCUCGAUACUCCCGGUGUCCGCCCGUCCCUACGACCGCCCGCUGUCCACCGUCUUCGGAGCACCUGAGAAGCUAUUUGCGCAAAUGUUCGAUGACGACGCAGAUCCGCUGUUCUCGGAACUUCGCGUGUUGAAUUACCGUUAUGUGCGCCUGUUCUUCCACCCUCUGAAAGACAAGUUCGUCAUCUGCAGUGGGUGGCAGGACCCCAGCUGGACCCAUGUUCGGGCCCUUCGCGCUGGAAUAGACGGAGAAGAGAAGGAGCAGCGCGAGUAUGUAUUUGGAUCAAACAUGAUCGAUAUCGAGCAGAAGUCUAUACCGCAACUCCUUGUCGACGAGGUGUUCCAUCCCUUUUAUGUUUUCCAGAUCGCCAGCUUGAUCCUCUGGUCCCUCGAUGAGUACUAUUACUAUGCUGUCUGCAUCUUUGUCAUGUCUGCAGGUAGUAUCAUAGCUACGCUUGUCGAGACCCGCUCGACGAUGAAGCGGCUUCGCGAGAUCUCCCGCUUCGAAUGCGACGUGCGAGUACUUCGAAACGGAUUCUGGGCGAAUGUUUGUUCAAGCGACUUGGUCCCCGGAGAUGUCUACGAGGUCAGCGAUCCAAGUCUGUCACAGUUUCCAAGUGACAGUCUCCUGUUGAGUGGCGAUUGCAUCGUCAACGAGAGCAUGCUCACAGGCGAGUCGGUGCCUGUAUCCAAGAUACCUGCUACAGAUGAGACUCUGAGCUCCAUGGGCUUAGGUGCUGCCACAGUCUCUCCCGAAACCGCCCGCCACUUUCUGUUCUGCGGCACUAAGAUCAUCCGAGCAAGGCGACCCCAGGAUGGCGGAGAAGAUGAAGGUGUUGCGUUAGCCAUGGUCGUAAGGACUGGCUUUAACACAACAAAGGGCUCACUCGUUCGCUCCAUGUUGUUCCCAAAGCCGUCUGGUUUUAAGUUCUACCGCGACUCCUUCCGCUACAUAGCGGUCAUGGGAUGCGUAGCUCUCCUCGGCUUCGUUGUAUCGUUUGUCAACUUCAUCCGCCUUGGACUGGCGUGGCACUUGAUUGUAGUCCGAGCCCUAGAUCUGAUCACAAUCGUCGUGCCCCCGGCUUUGCCAGCUACUCUGACGAUCGGUACGAAUUUUGCACUGAGCCGGCUCAAAAAGAAGCAGAUCUUCUGCAUCAGUCCCCAGAGGGUCAACGUUGGAGGGAAGCUCGACGUCAUGUGCUUUGACAAAACAGGUACCCUGACGGAGGAAGGUCUCGAUGUCCUGGGCCUACGGCUUGUUUCUCGAUCCACCAAGAAAUUUGAUGAGAUGGUGUCGAAGGCAUCCUCGCUUGUACGCCCAACGGACUACGAGACCACCCCGCAGAACCUUCACGACAGCAGCCGGGCGGCCUUAUUUACGAUGGCCACCUGCCACUCACUUCGAUCCGUGGACGACGAGCUUGUUGGUGAUCCUCUCGAUCUCAAAAUGUUUGAGUUUACUGGAUGGUCCUUCGAAGAAGGCCAUGGUGGUGGUGGUGAACAGGAGGACGAGGAGCAGGGUGGAUUGUCUCCCUCGGUUGCACGCCCGCCACCCUUGCCUCUCUACGAUACCAAUGAGUUUGGAUCUGCUCAGGGGAGAAACGUACAGGUUGAACUGGGUGUUUUGAAAUCCUUCGAGUUUGUUUCACAGCUCCGCCGUGCCAGCGUCAUUGUACGAGCGUUUGGGCAGCAGAGUGUGGAUAUAUAUGUGAAGGGGGCACCAGAGUGCAUGAGAGAGAUCUGUCGUGCGGAGUCAUUCCCGUCGGACUACGAGGAGCUACUCUCCUACUAUACGCACAAGGGGUAUCGAGUCAUUGCCUGCGCAACAAAGCAUCUUAAGAAGCUGUCUUGGGUCAAGACCCAAAAGAUGAAGCGACAAGAUGUUGAGUCAGACCUCGACUUCGUGGGCUUUAUCAUAUUUGAGAACAAGCUGAAGCCUACUACUGCUGCGGUCUUGAAGGAACUGACACAGUCCAAUAUCGGCUCGAUCAUGGUAACAGGAGACAAUAUUCUCACUGCCAUUAGCGUGUCCAGAAACUGUGGCCUCAUUCAAAAGAGUGCACCCUGCUUCGUUCCCCAUUUUGCAGAAGGGAACUUCCAGGACCCGAAUGCUGACCUUCGAUGGGAGAGCAUUGACGACAACAACCUGAAGCUGGACAGCCGUACUCUACUACCCCUGCCUAUCCCAGCUGAUCGGGACAUUUCUCUGCCAUACGACAUUACAAAUCUGUCAAACUACUCUCUCGCUGUCAGUGGAGAUGUGUUCCGCUGGGUCAUCGACUACGCUCCCACAGAUGUCCUUCACAGGAUGCUCAUUCGUGGCAAGAUUUUUGCCCGGAUGUCACCAGACGAGAAGCACGAGCUCGUAGAGAAACUACAGAGCAUUGACUACUGUGUGGGCUUCUGCGGAGAUGGCGCCAACGACUGUGGUGCGCUGAAAGCAGCAGAUGUGGGCAUAUCUCUUUCGGAAGCUGAGGCCUCCGUGGCAGCGCCUUUCACUUCAAGAGUCUUCGACAUCCGCUGUGUGCCAGAUGUCAUUCGCGAGGGUAGAGCGGCUCUGGUCACCAGCUUCAGCUGCUUCAAGUUCAUGAGUCUCUACUCGGCUAUCCAGUUCACCUCGGUCAGCUUCCUCUACGCGUCGGCGUCCAACCUCGGCGACUUCCAGUUCCUGUUCAUCGAUGUGCUCCUCAUUCUGCCCAUCGCCAUCUUCAUGGGCUGGUCCGGGCCCUUCCCCGUCCUCAGCCGGAAGCGGCCGACGGCCGACCUGGUCUCGCGGAAGGUCCUGACGCCGCUCCUGGGCCAGAUCAUCAUCUGCAUCCUCAUCCAGGCGGCCGCCUGGCUGCUCGUCCGCGAGCAGGACUGGUACAUCCCGCCGCACGUCAACCCGGACAAGUCCAAUAUCAAAAACUCCGAGAACACGGCCCUGUUCCUAGUCUCGUGCUUCGAAUACACGCUGAUCGGCGUCGUGCUGAGCGCCGGCCGCCCCUUCCGCCAGCCCAUGGUCCAGAACUGGCCCUUCAUGGCCACCAUCGUCGGCGCCAUCGCCAUCACCGGCUACAUGGUGCUCGGCCCCGCCCGCGGCGUCAAGCACCUCAUGCAGCUGACCAGCAUCUCGGCCUCGUUCAAGGUCACCCUGCUCGCCCUCGGCGUCGCCUACCUGAUCCUGGCCUGGACCGCCGAGAACUACCUGCUGCAGAAGGUCGCCCGCCUCGUCGGCGCCGCCAAGCUCGCCGUCACCAAGACCCCCAAGAGGAGGAAGGAGUACAAGGUCAUUGCGGAGCGCAUGCGGAUCUAG